UAUACCUCGAGUAAAUGAAAUGACAAGAUUGAUCCUCGUUUAUCUUCAACGCGUCGUACCAUAAAAUACAUGCAAAUCUUGUAUAUUGUAAUGAGAUCUUUUUAUAAACUUACCGCGGCAGGCUGUGUCCUGAGAGUAAAUCUCUAAGCCCGUUGUUUUUCUUUUCGUUACACUCAUCUUGCUCUUUCACAAUACCCUGUCGGUUUCACUGCCAGUGGUGUUGUGCAUCGUAUUCUAUGGAACCAUUUGUCCGCAACCCUACUACCGCGUAGCAAGCGUCCCAUAAGAAUGGAAUAGAAGGAAAUUUAUCUGCAAGGUAUAAUUUUCCAUCUAUGGUGCAUAUCUCUCUUUCGACUGCGUCGAAGUAAUAAAUAAAUAAAAUAUGAAAGUACAAAGAAGACACGCUCACUUGUCUCUUUAAUUGCUUCAAUUAGUACUUUGUCGAUAACACAGCGCGUUGUUUGUCAAACUGCAUAAGUAAAAAGUCGGAAGAAAAGAUCUUAGAAUACAACCUGUCAUUACGUCUCCUUUAUAAUGAAAGACGUUGAUCUGACAAAUGAGCUAUCAUUAAGCUUGAAAUAUUAAUGAACGAGGACUGCUAUACAGCUUCGCUAUACCUCGUACUUUAACGCCUCUUGACACGAUCUCUAAUACAGUAAUGGACUUACUAAUUGGUAUCUGUAUGAAUGAACAAUUAAUUGAGAAAACUCGAUUAAAAAUACGUACGAUGUACAGGCUACUAAAGAUCAUUAGUACGUUUCAAAUCGUCGGAAAAUUUAUAAUAUUUGUCGACGAAACUUUCUCUAUUAUUGCGUUUCUAUCAAUGUUAACUGGUAUAAAUUCGGUAUAAAGUUCGCGGAUGUUCCCCUCUUUCGAAACUUAGCUUGUCAUUAUGCAUCCCCUCGAUGAAAAUCAGAUAGAUAUCGAUGACUACGUGCUUAUUAACAGAAAGGUCUUAAAAUUUGUCGGCCUUUAUCCAACGAACGUUGCGAGAUACAUCGUGUGUUGUGUAUGCAUGUUUUCCAUUAUUAUACCGCAAACGAUACAAAUUUAUCAAGAUUGGCAAGACUUGGCUAUCGUAUUGGAAACAAGUUCAGUGUUGUUGACUAUUUUACUUGCCGUACUAAAGUCGUUAGUUUGGAUGAACAACAGAAGGAAAAUGGAUCCAUUUAUAAAUUACAUUCUGACAGAUUAUUGGAGAAUAAUGACGGCACAGAUCUCGAGAUACGCGGAUGUAUAUGCAACAUAUGCCAGAAAGCUUACUAAAGGAUAUGUAUUUUUAAUUUGUAACUCUUUACUAUUUUUCUUCAGUCUACCUCUAAUAGAAAUACUUAUCACUAUGAUCACUGGAUCUAACGAUAACAGUACAAAGCAUUUUCCAUUCUUAGCUUUAUAUCCUAAAUCUUACUAUAAUUUUCCCAUGUAUGAGGUAAGGACAACAUCAUUUCCGCUUGUUGAAACUAUUCAGGACGAUAACGUUUAUAUAAAUUUCGCUUACGUAGCUCGUAUAUCUCUCGCAAAUGGUAGCGACGAGCUUAUGCGGCCUUGUUAUCCUGGGAACCGACACCCUAAUUGCAACAGCAUUGUUUCACACAUGUGGUCACUUCAAAAUACUUCAAGAAAAGAUUCAAAAUAUUAACACUAAAAUUGGCUUCGUUAG